AUGGUAAGACCGGAAAGAUGCAACAUAUGUUUACCAAUCCUCAACACUAUUGUCAAGGUCCGGGAGGAGGAGGAAGAGGAAGUGUUGGAUAAGGAUGUUGUUGAUAUUGACAACAAUGACGUUGAAUCUGAUGAUGAGCCUGUAGAUCCUGAUGAUGCUGAGCAAGAAGCACCCAAGCCAGGUUGGGAGUGGAAUGAAGAUGACAGCAAUGACGUUGAAUGCCACAAUUCUGGGAUUGGAUUCAAACUGAAAAAGGCAACUCAAUCGGAUUCAAACACGCCACCAAACAACUCCAACACAGAUGGAGACAAAUACAACUACUACCCUGUCAGCAGAGACACCAACGAGGUUAAUAACGAGAUGGAGCAAUACAACAACGGUGAAUUCCCCAUGGCAAGGAAAGGAUGUGCAUUGGGCUGGUGGAAGCCACAAGCGGUCCAAAAUUCAUAA